ACAACAGUACGCGUGAUGCUGUGGAUGUGAGGGAUUGCGUGUGCGUCCGGUGAUGUGGUCGUGAGGAUUUACGUGUGCGUGUCGGGUGAUGUUGUAUAGGCUUUAAAAAUGAGCGGGCAGUACCAAAUUUUUGACGCAGUUUUUCUUAGCGUCACCCGAUUUUCGUUUCAUAAAAUAAAAACUUUCAGAAAGGAUUUUCUUCCGUUUAGUGAGCGUCAAGAACGUUUUUGUCGAGAGGUAUAAACCGAAAAUCCCAAAAGUUUUAUUUAUUGCAUGCCCAAGGUUUUGCAUGCUAUUGCGAUAAAAGCGGAGUUUGCACGUAUUAUCGUUAUUUGUUAGGUGGCAUUCAGCCACGGUACAGUAGGUUUUAUUUUAAGUGACUAGCGUAUUUAAUAACUUCUUUCGUCGUAUAUUUUGUGCCUGCGUAUUUUGAGACUGCUUCACUUACACAAUGGGUAAUAUAGAAUUCAGUCAUCAUGACCCGCAGAUCUGCCGGUAGCCGAGGCCGGUCCUCACAGGUUAGCCGGCGUCGGCGAGGAGCGCGAAAAAUGACGGGCGCCGAUCUCAAUGAAGAAAAUCUUCCGGACGUGGAAGAGGAGGCACACCAGUUGCUUGACAUCAGUCAGCUGAAGACUCUGUCGCAUGCAGAGCAUGCAGACACUGAUGAAAGUGUUUGGGCCAUAGCUGUGCAAGUGUUCAUUCCGUUUGUUAUAUCAGGUCUUGGAAUGGUGCUUGCUGGGCUUGUACUUGAUGAAGUCCAGCAUUGGGUUGUGUUUAAAGUUGUCUCUGAAGUAUUCAUCCUCGUUCCGGCACUUCUAGGAUUGAAAGGAAAUCUGGAAAUGACCCUAGCAUCAAGACUUUCUACUCAUGCAAACCUAGGGAAUAUGGACAGCCGCCAGAAACAAUGGAGCCUAAUUGUUGGAAACAUGGCCCUUACACAGUGCCAGGCUACUGUUGUUGGGUUCCUAGCAUCCGUAGUAGCAAUGGUGAUGGGAUGGGUUCCUGAAGGGAAAUUUGAUGUUGCUCAUGGACUACUACUUUGUGCAAGCAGUGUUGUAACAGCAUCUUUAGCAAGUUUUGCUUUGGGACUGGUAAUGAUUGCUGUUAUUUUGAGCUCUCGACAGUGCAAUAUCAAUCCAGAUAAUAUUGCAACUCCUAUUGCUGCUAGUUUAGGAGAUCUGACAACACUUGCAUUGCUGUCGGGCAUAUCUAUGUGGCUGUACAAUUCCAUUGACACACAACCUUGGCUGGCACCAACUAUAAUUGGUGUUUUCUUAGUACUGACUCCAGUAUGGAUUGUCAUUGCAUCAAGAAAUACUUUCACAAAAGAAGUGUUAUACACAGGAUGGACACCAGUGAUAUCUGCAAUGCUUAUUAGCAGUGUCGGGGGCCUUAUCUUAGAUUUCACUGUGGCCAACUUCAAAGGAAUAGCUGUGUUUCAGCCAGUUAUAAAUGGUGUAGGAGGAAAUCUGGUUGCUGUGCAAGCCAGUCGUAUUUCUACAUCUCUUCAUCGCUCUAGUCGUCUGGGAAAGCUACCUCAGCAUGCCAGAACCAUCUGCCUUAAUCCUCUGGAAGCACUUUGCAGCCGAGGUGGUCAUGCAAGAACUGCUCGUGUUCUUCUUAUGAUGGUUGUACCAGGCCAUCUUAUUUUCACAUGUACUAUAAGUUACUUGCAGGCUGGUCAUACAUCAAUAACCCCUAUUUUUGUAGCAGUUUAUUUGUUAGCUGCAUUACUUCAGGUAUUACUGCUGCUGUAUAUCUGUCAUGUGAUGGUACACUGGAUGUGGAAGAAAGCAAUUGAUCCAGACAAUUCUGCCAUUCCGUACUUAACUGCCAUUGGUGAUUUUUUAGGCACUGGACUUCUAGCAAUUGCAUUCCAAUUUCUGUACAUUAUUGGUGAUCACGAUAGUGAUGUUGGUGAUUAGUCAGAGGACCUUUGUUUCAUUGUUGCACUACAGUUAACAUUCCGUUGUGGAUGAAUUAAAAGCUGUGGUAAAAUCAUGACCGGUAAAAUGAUGUGUUCUAUACCAUAUUGUAAAUUUGGAAACUCAAUGCUUUAAACAAGAAUACUGAAUAAAUUUUACUUGUAAUAUUUAUAAAGAAAUAUUGAACGUAAAAUAGAUAUUUGUAAUAAUAAAGAGAAGUGUAAGA